UCCCCCCUCCCCUUCUUUCUUCUCUUUCUUUCAAAUAAUUAUAUAAUAAUAGAAUGGGCUUCAGGGUCUUACAUCUGGUUAGGCCAUUCAUGGCUAUUCUUCCUGAAAUUGCAACACCCGAUCGAAAGAUUCCUUUUAAUCAAAAAGUAAUGUGGACAGCAGUAACUUUAUUUAUUUUCUUGGUAAUGUCACAAGUCCCUCUUUAUGGCAUCAUGUCUUCAGACUCUGCUGACCCUCUCUUCUGGAUGAGAGUCAUUCUUGCUUCUAAUCGUGGUACUCUUAUGGAAUUGGGUAUUACACCUAUUAUUACCUCAGGCAUGAUCAUGCAACUACUUUCUGGUGCAAAUAUCAUUGAAGUUGAUUACAGUUUAAAGGAAGAUAGAGCAUUAUUCAGUGGAGCUCAAAAAUUAUUUGCAAUGAUUAUCGCCUUUGGUCAUGCAACUGUCUCCGUAUUGACCGGUCUUUACGGUGAUCCAAAGCAUAUUGGUGCUGGUGUCUGCUUGAUUUUGAUUAUUCAACUUGUCGUCGCAUCUCUUAUCACCAUGUUGUUGGAUGAGUUGCUACAAAAGGGUUAUGGCUUAGGUUCAGGUAUCAACCUUUUCAUUGCUACCAACAUUUGUGAGACUAUUUUCUGGAAGGCUCUUUCACCAACCACCAUGGACAGCGGACGUGGUGAUGAAUUCGAAGGUGCACUUAUCGCUUUGAUCCAUCUUUUAAUGACUCGCAAGGACAAGACACGUGCAUUAAAGGAAGCUUUCUACAGAGCAAACAUGCCAAAUGUGAUGAGUUUGCUUUCAACUGCUGCUAUCUUUUUACUUGUCAUUUACUUACAAGGCUUCCGCGUCGAAUUACCUGUCAAGUCCAACCGUCUUCGUGGUCAACGUGGAUCCUACCCUGUCAAACUCUUUUACACUUCCAACAUGCCCAUCAUGCUUCAGUCUACCUUGACCUCCAACGUUUUCAUGAUUUCCCAAAUGCUUUACAAGCGUUUUACUGAUAACUUUUUGGUUCGCCUCCUCGGUACCUGGGAUACUGCCGAAGGUACAUCCCAAUUGAAUGCUGUGGGUGGUAUUGCCUAUUAUCUUUCUGCUCCUCGCAGUUUCUCUGCUGCUUUGAUGGAUCCCUUCCACACUGUUAUCUAUGUCAGUAUCAUGCUUACCACAUGUGCUCUUCUCUCCAAGACAUGGAUUGAAAUCUCUGGUGCUUCUCCUCGUGACGUUGCUCGCCAAUUAAAGGAUCAACAACUUGUCAUUGCCGGUUACCGUGAUACAUCAAUGUACAAGGAAUUGAAGAGAGUUAUUCCUGUAGCCGCUUCCUUUGGUGGUGCUUGUCUUGGUGCUGUCUCUGUUAUUGCUGAUAUGGUUGGCGCUAUUGGUUCUGGUACUGGUAUCUUGUUGUGCGUUACCAUCAUUUUCCAGUAUUUUGAAAUGUUUGCUAAAGAACAAGGAGAAGGUGGAGGAUUGAAUUUGGAAGCGAUGAUGGUAGAAUAAAGAAAAGAAAAAGACACAUACCACAAAUACACACAAACACACACACACAUUUAUAUACAUUUAUACACAAUCGCUUU